GCAACCUCGCGAGGCGCUGCGGCUCGAUCCGAGAAGCUCCGGCCGCAGCCAGGUAGGAGGCGAGAUUUGAGAAGACAGGAACCAGAAGAAGGACCAGUCAGAGCACAAAAACCCAUUAGUACGGUUCAGCCAGAAAAUAUGAUUGACCAACCUAGAUGGGGAGAAGCACAUGAGGAGAAGGAGGAACCAUCCAAACGAAUUCAAGAGCUUUGGGAAGCCCAAUGGCAGGAAUUCCUGGAGACGCUGCAGCCUAUUCAUCCCGGAUGGGGAAACCCAGUGAUAUCAGAAACUUCUCCAUGGGAAGAUGCCAAGGCCUUCCUGGCCUCCUUCGAGCAGGUGGCCAAGGCCUGCCAGUGGCCUCGAGAAGAGUGGUUAGCCCGGCUCCUGCCAGCACUAAGCGGGGAAGCCGAGCAGGCCUUUCAAAGCCUGGAGGCCAGAGAUCAGGAAGACUAUGAGAAAGUGAAGGCGGCCAUCUUGCGAGGGGAGGCCCUGAGAAUGGAGAUGCAGCGCCAGCUCUUCCGGCAGUUCUGCUGCCAGGAGGUGGAGGACCCCCGGCGGCUGCACCGGCAGCUCCAGGAGCUGUGCCGGCAGUGGCUGAAGCCGGAGCGGCACAGCAAGGAGCAGAUCCUGGAGCUGCUGAUCCUGGAGCAGUUCCUGGCCAGCCUGCCGCCCGACCUCCAGGGCUGGAUCCGAGCGGGAGGGCCGGACUCCUGUUCCCAGGCGGUGGCCCUGGCGGAGCACUUCCUGAUAAGCCAGCAAGUGACCGAAGGAGGGAAUUGGCAGGAGCAACUGAAGGAGGAGGGUGUGUAUUCUCUGGAUGCAGAAGAAGAUACGUUUGAAGCUGCGAAGGGACAGAUCUACAAAGAAGCCCAGCCAGAUGGUGAUUUGGAGAUCAGCGUCCUGGGCAGUGGAAUCAAAUACCCCGGCCAAGGCAAUUCAGUACUUCCCGCUGACGAACUGGACAUGGUCCAGACAGCUUUGAAAGAGGAGCCAGUGGACCCUAGUGGAGCUGCCCUGCCCUUCCAGAUGUUCAAGCCAAGCUUGACCCAGCCAGACCAACCUGCCGUCAUCUGGCAAGUCUUGCAAGAGGAUGGGGGAAAUGUCAGUUUGCCGGGAGUCAAGAAAGGCCUUCAAGCCAAGGUGGAGCAAUCUGUGUGUGGGGAAAAUGAACUGGAGCACAAAACCAGUUCAGCCCCACAAAUAAGCCAAGUGGAUGUUCAGGAGGCAGCUGAGGUGCAAGAGGAAGGACCUGAGACCAAAGAGGAACAAGGGAAGCAGCCACUGGAGAGAGAAGAUGCAUGCAGAGAGCCCACAGAUGCCAAAAUUAGCCAGCCUUCCAAUGUGCCCACAAGGGAUCCAAUGCCCUUGUUCUCCAAGUACGGCAGAAAGUAUUGCUACAGGCUAGAACUUGAUAUGAGUGACACCGAAGAGGACUACGAUGACCAUCCCAUGUUAGAAGAAUAUUUCCCGGAAGACUCGUACUCCCCGAAACAUCAGGGAAUGAUAACUGGAGAAAGUAAAUCUGAAUUGUCUGAUUCUCAGAAAAUGGUUAAUGUGAACAAAGAUCCGGGUGACCACACAGUUGAAGAACCUCAUGACUCGCUUGAGUGUGGGAAGAGUCAUAUAAAAUUGCUAAAAGACGAUCAUGGAUUUCAAAAUGAAGCAAGCCCGUGUGCAUCUUCUCCCUGUAGCAAAUGCUUCAGUCCAAAAGAACAUUUGACCGAUCAGCAGUUCUGUUCUGGAGAGAAAAAGCAUGAAUGCCCUGAGUUUGGGGAAAUCUGCACUUUUGGGCAUGCACUAGUGAGACACCAGGAAAUUCCUACUGGGGAAAAACCAUACAGAUGUUUCGACUGUGGGAAAUGCUUCACACAGAAAGCAAACUUGGUGGGGCAUCAGAGAAUCCAUACUGGAGAGAAGCCAUUCACAUGUUCUCAGUGCGGGAAAAGCUUCACGCAGAGGGGGUCCCUGAUAGGUCAUCAGAGAAUCCACACUGGAGAGAAACCAUAUGAAUGUUACCACUGUGGGAAAUGCUUUAGUGAGGGAGGCAUAUUGAAGAGACAUCAGAGAAUCCAUACUGGAGAGAAGCCAUACAUAUGUCCUCAGUGCGGGAAAAGCUUCACGCAGAGGGGAACCCUUACAGGUCAUCAGAGAAUCCACACCGGAGAGAAACCAUACAAAUGUUCUCAGUGCGAGAGGUAUUUUCGACUGGGAGGAACGUUAAUGGCUCAUCAGAAAAUUCAUACUGGGGAGAGACCGUACAAAUGUUCUCACUGUGGGAAAUGUUUCAUUGGGAGGAAAAUGUUGAGGAGACAUCAGAAAAUUCACCCUGACCAUACGGCACUUCUCGAUGUGAGGAAUGCUUCAGUCAGAGAAGGCAUUUGAAUGAUCCUGAACAAGUCCCCACAGGAGAGGAACAGUGAAGAUGCCUGGAAUUUGUGGGCCGACGUGGUUGUGGGACGUCAGAGGUUGUUCAAGGGCUAAAGAUCUUAUAAAUGGGGGGAGCAUUUUGUUCAGAAAGGGUGAAGCUCAAGCUCCAGGGGGAAACGUAGACUUUCCAAAGCCAAUUUAUUAUCUAUGAGCAAUCAUUGCAAAGGUUCUGAAGAAAGUGCUUUAAAAUUCCCAUAACGUUUUUUUCAUUUAGAGUUUCUGCUGGAAUACAGUGUUAAUUGACUCUGUGAAAGUCUCUGUCUGGAGUCCAUGUUUUAAGUCCUGUUGGUAUUAUGUGAAUUUUAAAACUUAGUAGGCAGAAGAUAAAUAAUAUUGGUUUUAAUCAUUCAGGAUUUUAUACUUUCUCUAGACACACAAACACCCAGACACACAAAUUUCCAGACACAAAAACACAGUGACUCUCUGAGCAUGCACAGAGUGGUUGCUGAACCCAGUCUAGUAUUCCCUUCCAGGAACUCUCCUGAUGCGAAUGCCUGGGCUCCAUCCCUUUGGAAGGGGCCUUCUGAAA